GUACCACCAGUUUUAGUCGCUAAUACGGGUUUUACAACAUUCCCCGGAUUAUGAUACGCAGCGCAUGCAUCUUCUUUUUCAGCUUGGAGUACGACGGUCUGGUCGCUGUCCUCGGUGAUGCGCGAAACAAACGAUUUCUCGACUUUUCCUCCAUGCCGAUAAACUGCACGGUGUUCGCGGUCAACGCGGAGCAUUAUAAAGUUGCCGACACAUUGGUGUACAGAGAGACCAUGCAGCAUGUGCUGGACUACAAAUCGGAGUGCGCGAUCCGUCCUCGGGUCUCAGCGAUCUUCGGUCUGCAUCGCGUCAACGACGCGUUCAAUUAUUACGCGACGGUGCCGAGCGGUAAAGUGCUGAUCGACAUGAAGGAUCGCGAUCGACUGACUCUGUGCGAUGAGUCUUAGAUAUUAAAUUUGAUCAAUGAAUUCCCUUACAGAAAUUUAAGUGGUCAUGGCCACCAUUGACGUUUUAGACCGAAACCCAGAGUUUG